AAGCUCGACUCAAUGGCUCUCCUCUCUCGAAUUUCGAUCGUAAAGUCCCUGAAGUACGACGGUUCGCCGGUAUUGACAAACAAAAGAACGGAAUGGUCCAGAAAGGUCCGAGAAAAGAUACGGGAGGGAAGGGACGUGCUGAGCGACGCGCAUGCGCGCGCCAGGCAUCGACGUAGCUGAUUCGUCGAGAAGCGGCGUUAGCGGCGCACAGCAGCGAGCAGACGAGAACGAGCCGACCGAGCGGACUGGACAGAUACGCAUCUCGCGGUAGUCGCAGUUCACACUUCGCUCGAGUUCGUUACGUUGCGGAUCGUCCGGUUGUCUCGGGUAUAGAAUUACGAUUAUCCCGACGCCGGUUUCGUCGAUUACUCUGGUCUGGAUAUUUCGGUAGCCGAGAUACGACACGAGGGAACCGAGUACGAAUAAGUGGCCACAAGAUAAAAAUUAUGGAAGAUCAGUGGGCAAUUGACGAUACGUUAGAUUUUUCUCAACCAGCGCCAGUAAACAUGUCUUCCUUUGAAGAAGGGCGUGCCCCCUGCCGGGGUAAGGGACGUGGCGCAGUAUUCAACAACAACGAUGACACAAAUAUAGGAGGAUUUGAUAGUACCUACGAUGAAAAUACUAGACAUAACGGCGAUAAUAAAUUUGGAGGAAGACAAACCAAUGAUAGGCGUUAUGGAAACAGAGGUGACAAUGAUCGUAGGUGGCAGGGCAAUAGGGAUAGAAAUAAUGAUAGCCAAAAUAGAGAUGAUAAUGAUGGCGAAACUGAGGAUAAUGGUUACGAUGGAGGUUAUCAAAGCGAUAGAAGGCCCAGAAGAGACAGAGAUGAUAACAGAGGUGAAAGAGGUGAAAGAGGUGGUAGAGGAGGCAGAGGUGGAAGAGGCGGACGAGGCGGAAGAGAUGGCGGUUACGACAGAAACAGGAGUGAUGAUGAUAAUAGAGGUGGAAGACGCGGUGGUUACGGUAGAAACAAUAGCGAUGAUAACGAUGGUUACAACGAUUCUGAAGACAAGGGACGCAGAAGAAACGAUGACUCUAAGGAAGGCGAUGAGCCGAAGAAAAGAGAGAUUUAUAUCCCGCCGGAACAACCUGACGAUGAAGGUUCCUUAUUCGGGAACGAUGUGUCAAUGGGGAUAAACUUCGAUAAGUACGAUGAUAUUGAAGUAAAAGUGACCGGUGAGAAUGCACCGCGUCCGAUACAGUCCUUUGAUAAAUCCGGCCUGAGAAGUAUCCUGUUGGACAAUAUCAGGAAGUCGGGCUACACGAAACCUACUCCCGUCCAGAAGUACGCCAUUCCGAUUAUAAUGAGCGGCCGUGACUUAAUGGCUUGCGCGCAAACGGGUUCGGGUAAAACUGCGGCGUUCGUGGUACCUAUUCUUAAUACUCUGUUGGAAAAUCCACGAGAUUUGGUUAAAACGUCCACUUACUGCGAACCACAGGUGAUCAUUGUAUCGCCUACACGCGAGCUUACCUCGCAGAUCCAUCAGCAAGUCAAGAAAUUCUCUUUGAGCUCUAUCAUACGGGCCGAGCUUGCCUACGGAGGAACAUCGGUAAUGCAUCAAUCGAAUAAGGUGCUCAACGGUUGCCAUAUUCUAGUCGCAACUCCAGGUAGACUGUUAGAUUUUAUGGGACGAGGCAAGAUUAGACUUUCCUCCUUGCGCUUUCUUGUACUGGAUGAAGCCGAUAGAAUGCUCGAUAUGGGUUUCCUGCCAGAUAUUGAAAAGAUUAUAGAUCAUGAAACGAUGGUAGCUGCAGAGGAGAGGCAGACGCUCAUGUUCUCCGCUACAUUCCCAAAUGAAAUACAAGAACUUGCAAGUCGAUUUUUGCAAAAUUAUUUGUUCCUCGCAGUUGGAAUCGUCGGCGGUGCUUGCGCUGACGUAGAACAGAACUUUUAUCAAGCGUCUGGUCAGUCCGACAAGCGAAAGUUGUUGAAAGAGUUGGUAGAGAAACAAAAUCAACUAGGAAAUUUAGAAGGUACUUUAGUAUUUGUCGAGCAGAAGAGACACACGGACUUCAUCGCGGCCUUCUUGUCGGAAAGCAAUUUUCCAACGACCAGUAUACAUGGCGACAGAUUGCAGAGGGAACGAGAAGAAGCUCUAUAUGACUUCAAACGAGGAAAAAUGUUAAUUCUAGUGGCAACGGCGGUUGCCGCGCGAGGCUUGGAUAUUAAAAAUGUCUCGCACGUAAUUAACUUCGAUAUGCCAAAGACUAUUGAUGAAUAUGUUCAUAGAAUCGGACGAACUGGUCGGGUUGGAAAUCGCGGCAAAGCGACUUCAUUUUUUGAUUCAAGUUCUGAUAUAGCUCUCACUGAGGACUUGGUCAAGAUCUUGAAACAAGCUAGUCAACCGGUACCUGACUGGUUAGAAUCUGGUGGCGGUGGCGGAAGAAGCUUUGUACCAGGAAAGGGGAGAAGAUUCGGCGGGGAAGAUAUUAGAGGCAACAACAAUGCGUAUGGUGAUGAGGCAUCUGAUUAUGCACCUCCUGUGUCAGCAGAACCAGAAGAAGUGUGGUAGAUCAGAGUGGUAGAUCUUCAUAUUUUAUAUAAUGUAUGAAGUACUACUUUGUUUUUGUUAAAAAAUUCCAAAGUUCUAUAGGCUUUAAUUAGGAAGAAGUGUAUGAGCGGUAUGACAAUAAUUGUUUUUUUGUUUCUUUUUAAUUUUUUAUUAUGAUGUGCAUUAGUUACCAAGUUCCUAAUAGUGAGAAAAAAAUGCUAUAUGCAUUUGGAUUUAUAUUACUACCUCAAACUUUUGAGUAUAGAGUUAAGUUAUUUUCAAUGAUUAAGUUAAAUUACAUGAUUUUAUAGAUUACAUACACGCACAUACAUACAUGCUUACACAUACACUUGUAUUGUUUGUUUAAACCAUAUAUUGAACAAAAAUUAUAAUUUUUGAUAGUGAUGUAAUAA